AUGGCUUCGGCAUUGAUCUUGGGCAGCACCGGUCUUGUGGGAUCCCACAUCCUAUCGACACUGAGAUCAGCCGCACCGUCCUACUUCUCAAACAUUGAAGUCAUCGCUCGUCGCCCUCCCCCACCCGCGCCGGAUGCUGCCGUUCCAGUGAAGGAAUUUGUCGACAAGGACACCAGCAAAUGGGCACCAUACCUCUCUUCAUUGUCUCCUGCACCAUCGGUCUUGUUCAGCGGACUUGCGACCACCCGCGCCGCUGCCGGUGGCUUCGAGAAUCAGUACAAACUUGAGCAUGACUUGAACAUUGAGCUUGCCAAGGCUGCCAAAGAAGCCGGAACAAAGACCUACGUCUUGAUCUCGGCCGGCGGUGCUAAUCCGCAAUCCUCAUUCGCCUAUGUCAAGAUGAAGGGAGAGAUCGAAGAACAUGUGAAAGAGCUGGGAUUUGACCAUACCAUCAUAGUGCGUCCAGGCCUCAUCGUCGGCAAGCGUGAAGAGAGUCGUUUCGUCGAAGGCAUCUUCCGCACCGUUGCUACAGGGCUAGGACACAUUAGUGGCUUCUUGAAGGACGGUUGGGCCCAAGAUGCCGAUGUCAUUGCAAAGGCUGCCAUUGCUGCUGCUAUAAAGGCUGAAAAGGGCGAGGUCAAAGACAAGGUAUGGAUCAUUGGGCAGAAGGACAUUAUUCGACUGGGGUCCCAGGAAUGGAAGACAUCUUGA